AUACAGAUGGAAGUAAAAGCGUAAAUGAAGGAAAAUGGAUUUCAAACUGUCAAUUUGAGAAUGGACUUGUCACCAAAAUGUAUGAUGCUAUUCACAUGACUACGCAGAGUUUGAACAACGUUACUCAUUUACAGAUGGACUGUUUAGAUGAACCUUGUGCCUCUCCUUGUGCACAGGUUGAUUCUUCAGAUAAAACACGUCUCUCUCUUUGUCCACAAACUGACUCUUUAGAUAAAACACACAUCCCUCCUUGUGUCAAGGUUGAUUCUUCAGAUAAAACAUGUCUUUCUGUUUGUCCACAAACUGAUUCUUCAGAUAAAACACAUGUCUCUCCUUGUCUACAAACUGACUCUUCAGAUAAAACACACGUCCCUCCUUGUGUCAAGAUUGAUUCUUCAGAUAAAACACACGUCUCUCCUUGUCCACAAACUGACUCUUCAGAUAAAACACACGUCCCUCCUUGUGUCAAGAUUGAUUCUUCAGAUAAAACACACGUCCCUCCUUAUGUCAAGGUUGAUUCUUCAGAUAAAACAUGUCUUUCUGUUUGUCCACAAACUGACUCUUCAGAUAAAACACACGUCCCUCCUUGUGUCAAGAUUGAUUCUUCAGAUAAAACACGUGUCUCUCCUUGUCCACAAAAUGACUCUUCAGAUAAAACACGUGUCUCUCCUUGUCCACAAACUGGCUCUUCAGAUAAAACACGUGUCUCUCCUUGUCCACAAAAUGACUCUUCAGAUAAAACACGUGUCUCUCCUUGUCCACAAAAUGACUCUUCAGAUAAAGCACGCAUCUAUCCUUGUUUACAAGCUGAUUAUUUGUCUAAAAUUCAUACUACUUCUGUUAGUGAACAGAAUGAUGAUUUAAAUGGACAACAUACUAUAUAUUUCCCACUUAAGGAUUUGGUAAAUUCAAAGAAACAGGAAAGUUUAUGGUGGAACAAAAGUUGUGUAAAUUUGCAGUUAUCUUUAGUAGAUGAAAACCUUGAGGUAACUGUACUGUCUAUUAAACCACAACUUUUGGAUAAGGAAACAUAUAUAGAUAGACAAAGCUCCACAACUCUCGGAAGUGAAUCUGUGCCACAUUAUAAAAAAAUGGAUGUUGCAGCUCAGGCUGAUUUUGCAGUUGAAAAAUCACAAGAAUCCUGGAAAAGCAGUGUUCUAGAACUAGAUUUAAAAAAUGUCAGAGAAAGAAAGUUUAUGGAUCUUCUGCUUCCAGAAAACUUGAAAGAAUCCAGAUCUGUGAAGCUUGACUGGAAGGGAAAAGCUCUUUCACAAAGUGUCGAUAAACCAGGAGACUCUUCUGAACCAAAGCUUUUAAGAAAAAUUAAUGAAGAAAUUGAACUGACUAAGGAUCACUCUAGAACUUCAGUAAUGAACAAGCUGAUAAAAUAUCCUAAACCUGCUGUUUCAGAUCAAGUUAAUGGUUUCAAAAAACCAGUACAACAAAUUAAUCCCAUGGUUGCAGAAACCCCGGAAGAGUCUUUAAAAAUUAACCUCCCAGUAGCAGAUGUAAAUGAAAAAAUACGACACAAAGAUACUUUAAGUGUUGACACUGUUGAAGAAGGCCUAUCAUCAUCACAGAGCUUACUGGUAAAUUUUGUAGAUCCUGAUCAGAUGUUUGCUCAAACAUCCCAUUUAGUUUGUACAAAAAACUCGGGAGGUCAAGACCUGUCCCAAGUCGCUAAAAGUUUUUCAAAAUCAUUGUCACAAAAAUUUACAAAUGAAUAUGUACCAGAAGCUAGUCUUUCAUCUGUUCAACAGGAAAGUUCUGAUGAAGCAGGUCAGAGUUCAAGUGAUCAUGAAAGGCAGCACCUUCAGGGGAAAAUCAGUCCUCUGAAAACAGUUUCUAAAAAAAAGUUCUUUGAUCAGACUUCUAGAUUCAACAAUGACUCAAUAUGUUCUGUUAAUGAAUGUGAUUAUGAUAGUAACUCCCAGGCUGCUGAAACAAAUCCUCUUAUCACUUCAAACAAAGAUGUGUAUCAAAUUAAUGGUCACGAGAUACCUCAAGGUAGAAGCACUGCUGUUAAAGAUAUUCAAGAUAACCACAAAUGUAUCCUGAUUUCUCAAGACAAUAAAAAUGGUAAACAGACACCUCCAGUCAAUGAUGGUAUUCAGGAAGGUGGCAAUCAUAUUUCAAAACAUUUAGAUGAGUGUGGUGGUGCUAAUGAUGUAACAUACCUCUCUAGUGAUGACCAGACUGCAUAUAAAGAAGCAUCUCAAAUCAAAAAUGAUUCUAAACUACACAAGAAUAUUCUUGAUAAUCACAGCCUGUUAAGAUUAGCAACGGACAAUCAAGCCUCUCUAAACCAAAUAGAUGACGAUCAAACGUAUCAAGUUAGGAAUGAUCAGAUGUCCAAAAAUAACCAAAACCAGGUCAGUGACCUUCUGGAAUCCCAGGUCAGCGAUGAUGGUGAUGACCCAUACGUGUUGUUAGACUAUCAAAGAAUGACCUCAGCUGGAGGCAGUGAAAUGAUUCCUCGAGCAUAUAAUCAUUCUCUUAACUUUUCAUUUGAUGAGGACAGCUUUCUUAUUUGUGAAGACAUUAAAAGCCUAGAGAAUACAAAUGUUUUAUCAAAAAUACACGAGAAAACACUUUCAGUAAAUUACUUAGAAAAAUUGGGUGAUAAAUCUAAAAAUACUUUACAUAACUCUAGCCAGCAAAUCUUUGAUCAUCUAGGUGUUGAACAGAACACUGAAAUAUCAGAAAAAAUUCAUAGCAGUGAACUUAUAGAUCACAAAAACUUAUGCAGUGACACAGAAUUUUAUGGAAAGGAAUUUGAUGAAGAAAAUUCCAUGGCAUGUGAAAGGAAUACUGAUAAGCCACUCUCGAGUUAUAUGAAUUGUAUUCCUAACAUGUGGAAUGAUGCAUGUAGCAGUCAAACAUGUGUUUCAUCACCAGAAAUGCUUGAGUGUUGCAGUUAUAGAAAUGUUGUGAAUGAUAAAGAUGAUGUGAAAAGUAACUUCAGUAUUUGCUCUAACGUGUUGAACAUUAACGAGAGUGACCAUGACGAAAACAAACGGUUUCUACAUUCUACUUUGAAAGUAAAGGAAACAGAAAAAUGUACCUCACAUGACGUGUCUGGUAGUAAACAUGGCGAUGAUGAAUCACAGCUCUUUCAAGAGCUUGUUUGUGACAAUGAUGCCUCCUCCUCAGAUGCAGACUGGAUGUUUGCAGAAGAAUUAGUUGCUCCACUAGAAGUGUUAGGAAAUGUUUUGACGAAAUCGCAUUCAUUUGAACAGAAAGACACAAAAGUAGCGGUAUCUGAAAAUUCUGAACAUUGUGUUGAGCUCCAAAGUGAACUUUGUACUAAAGACAUUCAGAACUCAUCUGAGAUUAUUUUUCGAAGAAAGAGAUUGUUCCCUUCUUCAAGAAGCAACAGCCAGUUAUCUCGUGGAGUUAACCUGUCACCGCGAUGUAUUUUGAAUGAUCGAGACAUGCAACAGAGAAACAAUUUAAGUUACUGUGUGGAAAGUUCUGGUGAUCAGCAUAUUGAUCAGAGUGUAUUUCACAGUCAGAAGUUUAAGAGAGUAAAAAAAUUCCAAAGAAUAAGAAAAAUCUUUGAUUCCUCUGACUCAGAAGAGAAAGACUAUUACCCAAGUAAUUUGAUGAAAGAACAUCAUCAUCUCUUGCUUGAUCAGUCUGGUGAAGAGGAUUAUCGUCUGUCUCAGAAGUCAGAGGAACUUCUCAGUCGGCCCUUCCAACGUGGUAAUUGUCAGGAGUUGAGCAGUCAUACUGUAGAUUCUGGUAAAUAUAACAACCAACGUAUUCAUGAAAAUAAGGACCACAAAGAUCGUCUUGACAAGUAUUCAAAUCAACAGUGUGAAGAAGAGCCUGAUUUAGAAUUUAACAAUUUAGAUGAUGAAACGUGUGAAGAACCAACAACAGAUCUCCCACCGUGCUCAGAUCCUAUUAUUAUUUUGUCAGAGGAAAGCCAGACAUCUGGAAAUGAAGAUGUUGAUGAUUCAGAAGCAAUGAACCGAGUGAUAGCUAACGUCCAGGCAGACUUGAAUUGUAAACAAACCAGUCACAGUUUCAAGAACUUGUCAGACCAAGCUGCACCCAGUGAAGAGCCAGCCAGCUUGAGUGGUUGGUCAGGAAUAACUGAUGUUUCUUCUCAGGCAGAAAGUCAGAUGAAGAAAGAGAUUGAACAGAUGUACAAAAAAAUCAUGAUUUUGGAAGCUCAACUCUCGAAGUCUCCAAAGAACGAUAUUGAAGGAAAGAAGAAUGAAGAUAAUUCGUUCUCUGCUAAAGACGUUAAUCGAAAAACAAUUUCAAGUAACCCCAGAAUCAAAAAUCAAACUUUUGUUAGUAGUCAACAAAAAUUAUUAUACUCUCAGAAGACUAGAAGACGUACUGAUGAUCAAAGAUUGGCUCUGAGGAACCUUGGGACCAAGGAAGACGUCUUUGAAGAUUUUGCUAGAAGAGGUAACCUAAUCAGCAAUACACCUGAAGAAGACCAAGAUAGUGUUGUACAUCAUAGCCACAGUUUUAAAGAUGAGACGCGCAGUUACUAUGGGCAAGUGGAUGUUUUUAAUAGCCAUAGUAACAAUGGAAAAGAAGUCAUUUGUUGUAACAAUAGGGGAUGUAGCCAGAUAUGUGAAUCCAACCUGGUAACUCAGACAAACAAAACCAGUUGUGAAAAAUACCACAGUCAGGAAGUAAAGUCAGAGAACAGUGAUGAUGAUAGUGAUGAUUUGUUCAACACAGUUUCUCCAACCCCAUCAAAAUCAACCUAGUGAAGCACUAAAAGAUACUAAAGUGUAUAUCUGUCACAAGUGUCCGGAGAAAACUUGUUUAGAUUCUCAGUCAAUGUGUUUGGAGACAGAUUAUUAUCAAUAUGUUAAUAUUAAUAAGGAAAAUAUUAUUGUAUGUUAAAUCUGAGACAAAAAUAAUCUAAUCUAUGGCAUU